AUCAUUGGAAAUGGCUGCAUGGAGACAAAUCAAGGAAGUUCCCGUUUGAAUAUAUACAAUAUUUCUUGAUACUGGUCAUUAACAUUAACAUCAAAUUUGGGAUGCGGCAAUUGAAUAUAUCAGCGAACAGACAGUAUUGUUACCUUUGGCAUACGAGCUAGCGUGACUUACGUACAGAACAUAUUACAACCAUUACCUGGUUCUACUGCUGAAAGCUUACUUUCACUUUCCAGUAUGCAUACUUUUGAUGGCUUAGCAUUCAAUUAAAAACAAAAAAAAUGAGCAAUCCUUCCUCCUCUAAUAUUGAUCCAUUGCUCCACAUGUGUGUUAGGUACUGUGCUAAUAACAUAGAGACCCUCACAGGAUCAGCACUGCCAAGUUCAACAGAUGAAGCAAAAGCAGACUGCUCCUCUACAGAAAAUUCUCCUGGGAUGUCCUCCUUUCCUACAAACUUAUCCAACAUGUUGUUUGCUUACAUAGGGAGGUAUCUCAGGACUAAGAGCAAAGCAGAAUUCCUAGAAUUGAUGUCAUUGUUUGGCGAUCCAAACAAGACACCUUUAAGACGACUAUCACUUCAACAAGAAACAUAUUUAUUUACAUCCCUCCCACAGUCCAUCUUUCAUCAGCCUUUACACUAUCUGGAUCUCUGCUGUUGUCAGUUCUGCAAUGACUUUAUCAACACGAAGUUGGAAUCUUUUUCAGAUUUUGAUAAAAUGUGUAACUCUCUAAAAGUUUUACGAUUAUCUCAUGGUGCUCUUUGUAGAAAUCUAGAGUAUCACAAAGACACAAUAGAGGCUGUCACAGACCAGAAUGAGGAUUUAGAUCAACAACAAGUAGAUGAAGCCAAAGUCAAGUCUAAUCCAGAAACCGCAAAUGAACAGAAUGCUACUGUUGUUAAAAUUCACAAAUUUCGAUCACUGACACGAUUUAUUCUGAACAUAGACCUGAAAUUCUCCGAAAAUGUUGAAGUCAUUGAUUCAUUGAUCAAAUUUUUUCCGAAAGUGAUUUCUGCUUCAUUUACUCAGCUUACACAUCUACAACUUCUUGGACUUGGUGUGACCGAGAAUGACCUUGGAUUCCUAGAGAACCUCCCCAAGCUGACAUCACUGGGGCUCUCAGGUCACCGAAUCAGAGAUCUAGAUGUUGGUCUUAAGCAAAUCGCUAAAGUCACAAACCUCCGCCACCUGGACAUAUCCUUACUUGAUGAGGAGCCCAGGUUGUACGAUGCCCCAGAAGAAGGUAUGAGUAAACUAUUAGAAAGCCUACCCUCACUGACUUCACUUGAUAUUUCUGGGACAAACCUGGCAGGAAUGAAGGUCCAACACCUACAUGGGGAUCAGCCCAAGCACCAAAGGGAUGACAAGACAAUCAGUCAAAGUUUUGGUUACAGAAGAUUUUCUUUCCUGGGGCUGUGUAAUUGUCAUGAACUUCCAUUUACCUGGGAAAAUGUUCCAGCUGAGGAGUUUACCUGUUGUGAGAGAUUUGAGAAUGUGGUGUUGGCCAUGGAUGUGUACAGAGAGAAUAGUGGGAUGUUACUAUUUGUCAUGCAUGCACUAAAAUGGUAUGUCAACAACACCAUGUCUAACCAACAAGACACCAAAUCAAAGCUUGCUGUAGACACACACACUUCUGUGCUUAUUGAACGCUUACUGAGGGGGAUCCACCUGCAUCCUAACAUCUUAGAUGUCCAAAGAGAUAGUUGUUCGUGUAUUGCACUGUUACUGAUUCGAGAUUCAAGAAGAGACAUACCAGCCAGUCUGGGACAGUCCCUCCGUGCAAGGAUCCUGGAAACAACUAUCUCUUGUUUGAACAAUUCUUCAAAUCAUAUGAUAUUGAGCAGUUGUCUGAACAUUCUCUUGAAGUUGAAGCUGCCACAUGAUGCUAAAUACUGCUACAGUAUGAAACGGUACAUGAAGUGUGUAAUGGACAAAUUCUGUAAGUCUGAGAAGCCUACCAAUGUCAACCCUACGUUUGAGACAUAUGCCAUCCAUCUGAUGAGGAUAGCCAUUUAUUACGGUGACUACGAGUCUAGGGACUUUUUAGGACAGGAGGGAUUCAUAAAGUUCCUUCUGUCAGUGGCCAGGAGGAAAACAAGUAGCUGUACACACUUAGCAUGGCAGUGCCUCUGGGGACUGACAGAUGAAGUGCCUUCCAACUGUAUGAGAUUACUGGCUGUACCAGAUGCCCUUGAGCUGUAUCUGGAGUGCAUGAAGGCUAAAAAGUAUGGGGAUUCAUUUGUGCGAGGUCUGCUUGGCGUCAUGGCCAAUGUGUCGGAGGUGGCCGAGCUCAGAAAGGAGUUACUGGAGAAUGAGGAGCUCCUUGUGAUUAUAAGUGACUUGACAGAAUCUCAGGUAAUGGAAGAAGCUCUUAGUUACCAGGCAACUUGUGUAAUGGCUAACCUGGUCAGUGAUGGUCCCGAGGCCUGGAUCCUGGAAAGUCUUGACCGGUCUUCUGUCCUGUCCAAGAUUUCUGCUGCUGUUCGCCGCUGGAAUAUGUCCAACAGCAUGAAAACCUUGUACAGGUCCCUGUUACCAUUUCUCGAGAUGGCCCAGAAAAGUCACACCCCAGAGGCCCAGCUACUGGCCAUCUGGUGUAUCUGUAACCUCAUCAAGUCCAAAGGAAAUGUGUACUGCCAAAUGUUGAAGAUGGAAGGCGGACUUCCUAUAAUGGAGGACAUUAAAAAUGACCCAAAGACGACCCCAGAGGUACUGGAGUUAGCAGUCAUGGCAUUAGACCUCCUCAGAUCAAAGGAUAUUCCUGACAGUGAUGAUACUGUAAAGAGUGCCUUGGAAAUAGCUGCCUGUUCAUCUUGAAUCACUUUCGUCCUACUGCCAACUGGUCAGAUAUAGAUAGUGCUAAUGACUGAUUACUAGUGAGAGAGAAAUUACAUACAUAUCAAAAUAUAAACAUUAACUCAAACUUUCUUCUGUGCAAGUUUUAGUAUUUUUGUUUAAGGAUUAUCGUUUCAGAUUUAAAUGAAUUCUUCUUCUCUUCCUUUAAACGACAACUUUGUAACUGUCACAAAAGAAAUAUGCUUAUUGAUAAUGAUCAUUUUUUUUGUAAAGGAAAGGAUUUUUUAAAGAAAAUUCUUUGACAAAGUUUUUGGAAUAGUCUCAUUUCUAGUGUGAGGAUUAUUGAAACAUUCCAAUCACUUCGUUGACAAGAGCGAACAUGACCUCUCUUUGACCUUGAGCUUGAUUUCUUUAUAAGAAAUGACAUUGAACUGGCCUUAACUAAAUGACCUUGACUAUUUAUCUUGAGUAUAUCAGAACUGUGUGUGUAUCACUCGGUGACCACUCAAAUAUUAUAUUACCUUAUACUGUGUUUUGAUUUGAAACAAGUCCAUUGCAUUGUAUGGUCAGAUCUGAUGUACUCAUUAACUGUAUUCUAACGGCCACUUACAAACAGUUAAUGUGAGGUGUCUGUGUAAAGUAAUACAACUUUAAUAUUUACUAACAAAACGGUAUAUUUAAAUCUUUUCAAACAAAAAAUUAACCCAAUAUACCCCUUUACAUAUCAUUUAAAAAAAUUCAUGAAUGUUGCUGGAACUUCAAGAUGAUUUUCCAGCCAUUUAUUUGAUGCAUGGAUGAGUAGUUUCCAAGAGCUGUGAUAUUACUAUACAACCUAUUGUAUUUCCUGUAAGUUUGGCUGUGGACUUAUUGUCAGAACAUCAGACUACCGAGGUAAUAGGCCUCCGGUGUGUGAUUCGUUCCCUACUUAGGACGGCUUUUGUUUCUCCGGAAGCUGAGAUCACAGAUAGCAGUUAAAGUGUGGUUGUGUCCUGGUACAAACUAUUUUACCCAAAUUUCCCAGGAUGGCAUACAACAGGCUAUCCAUUUUUUUCAGCGAGGUAGACACAAGCAACAAGGCACAAGACCCCACCUCAAAAUGACCCUGGUUGAUCACGGGUCGAUAAACCCAGCAAACAUACUGUUCAGAAUAGCAGAAUUUAUAACAUUAUCCCAGACUUGUGAGACAUAUACCUGUGUAUGUUAUAUUUGUGAUGUGUUCACUUAUUUCAUUUUUAUGAUUAUUUAAAAUAUUUUUUAUAUGAAUGAUAGAAUUUUUAAGCACUCUGCAGUUUUACUCAUGGAUGUUAUAAAUCUUGCAGAUCAUAGUUUUAUAAAAACUUAUUUCAUCUCCAUACAUGUUAUACUGGUGAAAAAUUUACUGGCCGAUGAUAUCUGUUUUCUAUAAUAUUAGCUCACUUUGUCCAAGAGACCAAAGUCAAAUUGUGGUGAAGUAUUGAAAUUUCACCUUGAGUUUAAUUUGACAUAUAAUAUUGAAUGACCUACCUUUGUAUGGUCUCAGCAACAGCAUUUGUAAUAAAGACAACAGUGAGUAUUUAUAGAUAUUUUCUUAGUGCUGAUUCAUUAUGUUUGGAUGAAAACAGCAGUAAAAGACUUUCAGAUAAUUUACCAGGUAUUACAAGUAACUUCCAAGGUACCAUUUCACAAAGCUUUGUAACUUAUAAAAUAUUUCAGACCUUCGUAAGUCCAAUUUACAAAGGUGUUGUAUCUUUUAUAUCAUAGCUUAUGAAAGAUAUUUGUUCCCAAUCAAAUGUUGUCUGAGAAAAAAUAAUAUAUCCCCUCUCUAACACAAAGGUAAAAGUAGACAACACUAUUUACAGUUGGGAUGAAUUCAAGAAUCAAUAUAAUAAUAGGAGACGAUUGAUGUUUGGAGAGUUUGUCCUCCAGUAUGAGGGGAGGAGAGAUAUGGGGAGUGUCUCACUGUUGAGAGUCUGCAGACCAGAGAUAUUUGUCAAGGUUUUUCAUACCCUUCACAGUAGGGAUCCAUAUAUUUUCCUAACUUAAAGUGGCAUUCCUUUGUUUGAAUAAGUUUAUGUCGGCGAAAUUAAAUUUACUGGAAGAUGUAUUUUUUCCAAGUAGUAAAAGUUAUAAUCUAAUUCUAUUCUAAGGCUGUUUUACUCUCAUUCUUAUUUGGCCCCAAACUAUCACUAAUUACCACAAAGACAUACAGUGUUUGUGUAUGAUACGUCUUUUUCAUGUACACUUUAGGUUUAAUUUCAUUACUUGUAGGCACAAACACUCAUAUAAUUAUUAUUCGGACAUAGAUUUCAUCAAUAGAGAUUGUGCAUGUUUCUGAUGUCGGAAUGAAGGAAUGCCUGUUUAAUUUAAAAAGUCAUCGUAUCUGAAAAUGUUCGCUGUGUAUUGGCAAGUUUUGAUGAUGAUUUGAAUGUAAGCUUAAGUUUUGUUGCAUAACCAAAGAAUCUACAGUUCAUAUUCCAUGUGUGUUCCAUGUUUUCACAGUGUAAAAAAAAUAUCCGACAACGCAAAGUACUAGUCGCAGGUUUGCUCCAAUACAACCAGAUGAUAAAAAACAUAAUUUUAAAAAACGUCUUCAAGCUGUUGAACUGGGAUAAAAAAAAAUAACAAGUUAGAUUUUCUUUAAUUUUUCCAGAAAAUCUAGAGAAAAUGAUAAAUAUCCAAACAGUAAUGCGGUUACCAGGUUAUGUUGUAGUAAAUCAGUAACCAAAAUGGCAAGGUUUACCCCAUCCCAAUGGCUUGUGUCUGUGCUGAUUGGUAACUCGCAUUGUCCUCUGACAGUGUGGCCAGUAACGCUGACCAAAUGUACUGAAAGGUCACUUCCUGGAAGCAGGUAGUCAUACACUCUGGGGUAAGGGGAAAGUUCUCAAAACCUGAUAAACCAAAUGGAAAUGUGAAAUAUUUAAGCACAACUGUGAUAAUAGAUUUUCUCUACAAAUGGAUAUUUUAUAAAUGUGAUGUUUUGGUGUUUUGUUUUCAUGUCAUUCAUCCUACAUCUGAUGAUGUGGUAUGUUAUACAUAAUAAAGCUAACCGCAAUAAUUGA